AAUAGCUCCUUUCUCCCGCCAUUUUUCGAUUGUAUUAGGUUUUUUUCCAGGGAUCCGCUAACCUAGUCCUGUAUCCUGGCCCGGCGGAUCAAACCGAAGGCUAAUAAGUGCCUGUAGUGUGGGGGAGAGAGCGCUGGGCUGUAAAUGAGCUUGAGUCUCUCGGGGAGAAGGUGACUAACAUGCUCUCUCACAAGAAGAGGCCGGCAGAAGUUCACUGCGAUCAGUGGGUGCUCGUAGCACCAGAAUCUGUUACUGAUCUUCCAGGAAAGACUGAAAAUGGACCUGUGUUUACAAGACUGCAUAACCCAUGUACAGGGGAAGCAGCCCUUUACUUGUUCGAUACCAAUGCGCAGCAGCUGUUUGAAGUAAAAGCUUUCCAUGAAGAGUACCAUUCUUGGUUUAUAGGUCAGACUGUUCAGCAUGAUGGUCGUCUUUUACUUGUAACACCAAUGGAUCCUUUGUUUAUGGUUCUAUACUACCUUAUAAAGGCUGAGAAAGAGCAAGGGAAGUUUCAGCCACUGGAUCAGGUUGUGAUAGAUGCAGACUUUCCUAGCUGUUCCAUGCUGUUGCAGUGUACCAAACUCAAAUCAUUUCUUCACCAUGUGACAGAUGAAAAAGAAAUUGGAAAUAAGAAGUUUUAUAAGUACAACAAAGAGAAAACAUUGAAGUGGCUGAAUAAAAAGGUGGAUCAGACUGUGAGAGCUUUAAAAAUUGGCAAUGUAAAUGUAGGUACCCGAGUACAAUCCACCACAUUUAUCUCAGGUGACCAAGGCUCUGAUGUCAAAGAAGAGGAUUACAUCCGUUAUGCUCAUGGCCUAAUAUCGGAAUAUAUACCUAAGGAAUUAAGUGAAGACUUGGCUAAAUACUUAAAGCUUCCAGAACUUUCCACUUCAUUGCCCGAGCCUCCAUUAAAGAUGGCAGCACCAAGAACACAGAGGAAUAAGAAAAGGACUCAAUAGGAAACCUGGCUGCAUCCUUUGCCAAUUCAGCCACGACCUUCUCUUCCACAUCUUCUAUAAAAUGACAUAUUGAGGGUGAGAAGAAGGAGGAGAGGUGGACUAGAUAAUUUAAAACUAACAAACUUAUCAGACUUCAUUUUGGAAUGUGAUUUUAUACUGUGUUCAGCAUUUUUUUAUUAGAAGAGUCAAUCCUACCAAUGACUUUUCCCUAAAGCUUUGCUGACAUGAUUCUCUCCCACAUGUUUUCCCUUCAUGUACUAACACAGCUCAUUACAGAGGUAUUCAGGUACUCUAAUUAAAAGGGAAAGUAAAAAAGUUGGAUUUCCA